CAUGAAAUGAUCACACCACCACCACCAAAACAACCAAAACAACAACCCACCAGCCAACCAAACCAACCACACCACCUUCACCACCAACCAAACCAUCACCGACGCUCUCGCUUCACCACCACACCUUCGCCUCUGUGACAUGAUGCAGUUCUUGCUGGUGGUGGUGCACUACUUGGUGCGACUGGUUGCGCUGUAUGUGAUUGUUGCAUCGAUACACGCGCUGUGGAAUGUGGCGUGCCGCGCGUUUGCAGCACUGCCGAGGUCCGCGCGCUGCUUCCUCUUGACAGCGUUUAUCCGCUUCAUCCGCUGGCACGUUGAUGGCUUCUGGACCUGGGUGCAAUGGAAGCUUUGGCUCUUCUGGCCCCACGCUCACGCCCAAGACCGACAGCAAAUCAUGAAGGGUGUUGCCUCCAUUCGUUGGGACUCCUACGGCGACAGAGAGAAGGAGAUGGUGCAUGUGGUUGAACCAGAUGCGGAGCACGCGCAGAAGCUGAGCGAUGCGCCGCCAUCCAAAGCACGCACCAUCCUGUAUGCGCACGGCGGUGGGUUUGUGUUCGCCAGCAGCUCCGUGCUCAUGCACUCCAUCACAUGCUUCUGCCGCCAAGGGUUCCGCGUCUACUCCAUGGACUAUCCGCUUGCGCCAGAGCACCGCUUCCCCGCCGCCCUCGUCUCCACCCUCCGCGCCCUGCACUGGAUCCACGCACGCGAGGGCGUGCCCGUGGUCAUGCUGCUUGGUGACUCCGCGGGCGGCAACCUUGUCAGCAUGGCGGCUGCGCUCAUCAUGAACCCGCCCCUCAUGCGCCAGUUCGCAGCUGCCGUCGACGAGCCAGACCUGCUGCACUACACGUACCCGCGCGUCGAGAGCAUGGCGUGCCUGUACGGCUUGCUCGACCAAACCUCGUGGCGCGGGCGCUGCCUGAAGCAGAUUACCCGCCUGGAAAACUUCAUGGCGGAGGCCGGCAUAUCUGGUGCGCUGGAGCUGUAUACCAACCUCGAUGGCGUCUUCAAUGGCCGAUACACGCUCAUGGACAUCCACGACGACAUUCAACACUUCCCGCGCACGCUGUUUGUUGGUGGCUCGCGUGACCCGCUCAUCUACUCCACGCUCUUUGCACACGAGCGCCUGCACGCGUCCGGGUUUGAUGUCCACUGCAAGAUUUACCCGGCCCGCCACGGCUUCUUCGGCUUUCCCCCACAGUGGACGUUUGGUGCGUGGGAGACGGAUGCGGCACCAACAACAGAGCUGCUUGCGCACUUCUUCGGGCAGUCGCCAACACGCCACCGCCGGCAGUGCAGCAACACGCUCGACGGGACGUCCUGUUGUCUUGCUCACAAGGCCGAUUACGGCGAGCACGCCCUUCGCGCGUAUGAUCGCCACUUUGCAGCCACGGGGGAGGGCUGGUGACGCGAGGGGGCGGAUGCGUG